CAUCGAACCCGGUGCACCGUGCCACCGUGCCUGUCGGGUCGUGGAAUACGACAUGAGCUCUAGCACGAGCACGCAACAACAGCAGCUCGUGAACAAACUCGAAGAUUUCGAAUUCCCAUACUGCGAUGAUGUCGCCAAGUACGAGAAAAUCGCCAAAAUCGGCCAGGGAACGUUCGGCGAGGUCUUCAAAGCCGGACACAAGCAAACGAAGAAGCUGGUUGCCCUCAAGAAGGUGCUCAUGGAAAACGAAAAAGAAGGCUUUCCUAUUACGGCACUGCGCGAGAUUAAGAUCCUGCAGCUCCUGAAGCACGAGAACGUGGUCAACCUGAUCGAGAUAUGUCGCACCAAGGCAACACCUUUCAACCGGUGCAAGGCCACAUUCUAUCUGGUUUUUGACUUCUGCGAGCACGAUUUGGCAGGCCUGCUCAGCAAUAUCAAUGUCAAGUUUUCACUGGGUGAGAUCAAGAAGGUUAUGCAGCAGCUUCUCAAUGGCCUCUACUUCAUUCACAGCAAUAAGAUCCUGCACCGUGACAUGAAGGCAGCCAACAUCCUCAUCACCAAGGCUGGUGUGCUGAAGCUGGCUGACUUUGGGCUGGCUAGGGCCUUCUCCCUGAGUAAAACGGGGCAGCCCAAUCGUUACACCAACCGGGUUGUCACGCUGUGGUACCGUCCCCCUGAGCUGCUGCUGGGCGAGCGCAACUACGGUCCUCCCGUAGACAUGUGGGGUGCGGGCUGCAUCAUGGCUGAGAUGUGGACCCGCUCGCCCAUCAUGCAGGGCAACACGGAGCAGCACCAGAUCAGCCUCAUCAGUCAGCUGUGCGGCUCACUCACACCCGACGUCUGGCCUGGUGUGGAGAAGCUUGAGCUGUACGCCAAGCUCAACCUUCCCAAGGGACAGAAGCGUAAGGUCAAGGAACGGCUCAAGGCGUAUGUGAAGGACCCCUAUGCACUGGACCUCCUGGACAAGCUGCUGCACCUGGACCCAAGCAAGCGGUGUGACAGUGACAGUGCACUGAACCACGACUUCUUCUGGACGGACCCAAUGCCGUGUGACCUGGCCAAGAUGCUGUCGCAGCACACUCAGUCCAUGUUCGAGUACCUCGCACCCCCAAGACGUCGGGUAAUGCAGCAGCAGCCUCCACAAGGCCCCCACCACCCACCCAAGGUGCCUUCAGCUUCCGAUGGCCAGUAUCACGACCGCGUCUUCUGACACGAGCCCAGCUGCUGUGCCUAGCCCUCUCCAUGCAUGGAAGCAGUAUCGCUUUUCCAGGAGCUUCCCCGACUGACAUUGCCUAGUGAGAAGCCAUCUGUGCCUGUGCAGCUCCAGAGUAGGGACACCCUUGCUCCUCGAGCAGAGCAUUCUUCUGUGACACCUGGAAAUAGCAACCACUGCCGUCUGCAUGCCUCCCCCCAUUUUAUGCAGAUUUUAAUGCUGCAUGUGGCUCCAUUUUGCGAGGGAGGUCAUUCUGCUCACUGCAUAUGCAGAACUUAGUGUGAUUCUACGUCAGCCAUCUGAUAUGUGCAGUGACGGCUUCAUUCCAAGAUGGCCAGGUGCCAUCUAAUUGGGAGUGUUGUUGCUGCGCUUGGGCACUCUGGACGCAGAGGUGACAGCAGUGGGACACGUCUGUAUAGUUAUCUACACCUAGGUGCCAGUGUCUUGAUACCCAGCUUUGUUUGCAUGGACUCUUUUUCAAAGUUGCAGGAGGCAGCACUAUAAGUGCGGGUCACUGUUAGUGCAUGCUACGGUUAACUUGUUAUUCUUUCUUUUACCAUUGUUACUCACCUUAUGCUUAGCAUAGGUUUUUUUUUGUUGCCGCACAUCAAUCCCAUUUUGAUAUAUUUUUCCCCUCAACCCCAAUCAGCAAUGGCUUUUCAUUGCAUUGUGCAGAUAGCCUGCAACAGCAUCUCAUUGCCACAUAAUGCAGGCUGUAGUUGUUUCUUUGUUGAAGCCUGAAUGAAGCAAUCGUCGAGUGAGUGAGUGUGUAUCAUGUGUGUGUGGUGUGUGAACAUGCUGCUGCUCUUCAUUUCAUUGCCGUUAAAGGCUGCCCAAUUGUGUAAAAAAAAUUGAAAGUGAGCAGUGCCAGUUGUCAACAUUUGUUGCUGAAAGAAAUGCUGUUUUGUUAGGCAAUUUUUGUUCUUGUCCAUGCAUGGCCUUUGUUUUGUAUAAACGGAACUUAAAGGGACUGGGAAAAUAUGUUCCUUUAACGGGAGUUUUG